AUGCCGAAGCUGGUCUAUCUGCGCACGUCUCUUCCCAAUAAGCCGAAGAGCCGGCUUUUUGCUUCAGUUUCGCGACAGCGACUGGCGCAACCUCGUCAUGGCCUUCUCAAUGAGCCCUGGCUAGCUCCAGCUUCCGUUACACCUCUACCAACCACAUACUUCUCCCCGGCUUGGGUGUGGAGGGAGGAUGGGGAAGGCAUUCGGAGAACCGAUCACAAACCGCCAGAUGAAAGAACCUUGAAACUCGGAAAGACUUUACGAACCCUCUCACCCCUCUUACCGACCUUACUGUACAACACCUUACCCACCGACAUCCUCGCCCCGAGUGUCAAUCUUCACCUAUUCCCAUCCACACAUCCACACCUACCCACUGUCAAAGGACGCACACUCUAUCGCGCAGCACUAUGGACUGUCCCCGUAGCAUGGAGCAGCGUACCACUAGUUGGAAAUGUGAAACUGCAAAUUCUCAGCGAAAGGAUCGUACGCGCUGGGACGUUGCUCGACCCCACGCAUCAUGGCGACCACCACGACUGCGGCGAUGAGCGCCUACUAGUACGAUGGAAGACAGAGCCACGAACAGACAGCCGCCCCUUCCAUGGUCCAGGCUCUUUGAAUACCAAUUCUAUAACCCCCUCAGAAACCACCCCAUCCUCACAAAAUAGCCAUCUCUCGGCUUCCACAAACGGCACCAACAAAGGGCUGAGUGUCCUUCUUGGUGGUGAAGAGCCUAUUUUCAAGCUUUCAAAAGAAGAGCAAUUCACCGGUAUCUUUAUUUUCUCUUUUGAUGAGGAGGGUCGCAUCCUGACUCAUACUAUCGAGCAUGCCGAUGAAGCGGACGGCUGGGACCGGACUGCUAAAUUCGUGACUCUCACUGACUGGCUCAUUGGCAAAGCACGUGGCUCAUUGGACCCUGCUGUUAGUACAGGACUUGCUAUGGCGACUUCUGAUGGGUUUGCUUCCGGCAAUGGCCGGAGGUCGUGA